AUGAGCGAAGACAAUACGACCCAGCUGCCGGCCGACGAUACCAGCCUCCAAGGUUACAGAACCCGAGGCUACGCAACGGGAUUCCUGUUAUCAUAUUGGAUCCCGUCGUCUAAAUUAGUUUUUGUGCGUCGUAAAAGGAAUAAGACGCACCGUCCAAGUGAUUGGUGGUUAAAAAUAGACGCGUGCGCCGCGACGGCUCGUUGGCUGCGCCUGCGCCGCUUCCACCCACCCGCUGAGAGGGGAGAGAGGGCAGGGGGGCUCCUUCGUCUGUAUGGGAGGAAGAAUCUGCUCAUUGAAGCCCACAGCAGUACUAUUAGUCGUGAAAGGAAGAUCCUUCAUGCUAAUUACGCUGUAUAA